AUGGUAUUUCAAGACAGCAAUGCUGAUGAAGAUGUAAACACCAGAAUCUUCCAUUCCAUUGCUGAUGUAUUUCAGAAAGCACAGGUCACUUAUGCUGGACAUAGGAAGCAUGUUGCUGUUUUAAAGAAGAUUCAGGAGAAGGCGGUAUCCCAAGGAUACGAGGCAGCUUUUAAUUAUUGGUUUAAUGCAGUAGUAUCAAAGGUAUUGCCAUUGAGGAAAAACGAAGUGAUAGGGGAUAGGAUUGUUAAACUAGUUGCAGCAUUUAUUGCAUCUCGAGAGCGUGAUUUGAAUAGGGACGAGGCAGAUAUGAAACAGGAGGAGACCUCAGAAGCGGAGGAUGUAUUUAUGAGAUUUAUGGAUCAAUUUAUAAGGCAUAUUCUCAGAGGGAUCGAGAGCAAGGAUAAAAAUGUGCGAUACAGAGUAGUACACUUUUUGGCAAUGAUAAUGGAUAAUAUAGGCGAACUCGAUGAGUCGCUUUACAACACCUUAGUGUGGUCAUUGAAGAAAAGAAUCUACGAUAAGGAGGCAAAUGUACGAAUGCAGGUAGUCUUUUGUCUGACAAAAUUUCAAGAUGACGAAACCAUUGAAGAUGAUAAUAACACAAAGGAUGCUACAAAAAUGCUGAUCUCAUUGGUCCAAAAUGAUCCAUCAGCAGAGGUACGUCGCGCCGCAAUGUUAAAUCUGGUUGUGAACUCAAAAACUUUAUCAUUCAUCUUGGAAAGGGCGAGGGAUACGAAUCAGGUGAACAGACGUCUUGUGUAUACGAGGGUACUGAAAUCUUUGGGGAAACAAUGUUUUGAUCAUGUGAACUCUGAGAUAAUCGAUCAGCUUGUUAAAUGGGGUCUAGAAGACAGAGAACCUCUUGUGAGAACAGCUUGCUCAAAACUCAUAUCACACGAUUGGCUUAAUCUGCUUGGUGGUGAUCUGAUAGGGUUUUUGGAGAAAUUGAAUGUGACUGAGUCUCAAGUUUCCGUCGAAGCAAUGGAAUGCCUUUUCAAUACAAGAUCAGAUAUAAUACCUAAAGUAACUUUUCCUCAAGAGAUUUGGCUAGAAUUGACUGUUGAAAUUUCAUUUCUAUCCAGGUGCUUUUACCAUCAUUGUGUACAAAAUCAAUUGAAUGAAAUAAUCGAAAAAAACUUCCCUGAAGCUUCGAAGUGGGCUAAUUAUUUAAAUCAUUAUAUUAAACAAAGGUUCAGUAAUGAGGCCAAUGAGGUAUUAUCGGACGCGGAUAAAUACAAUCUAGAUUUCAUUAUCAAGCAAUUACUAGUAAUAGGAAACGACUACGACUUCAGUGAUGAGAUUGGAAGAAGAGCGAUGCUGAAUGUUGUCCGAAAUAUGCUUGGUAUCUUCGAACUGUCAGAAUCGCUUGUUGAUAUAGGCCUGCAAGUUUUGAAAAGUUUAUCUAUUAAUGAAAAAGACUUCGUUACCAUGGCAAUAGAAAUAAUUAAUGAUAUUCGUGAUGACGAUAUAGAGAGACAAGAGCAAGAGGAGGCAAUCCUUAGGAAAGACAGGAUUGACAGUGAUGAUGACAAUGAUGAUGACAUCGAGUCUUUUCGAAGGGCUGUAGAAAGUAGAGUAAGUGGAAAAAGCCCGCCUGAAGGGGAUAUUUUAAAGAAUCUACCACCACCAAAGGAAGCAGGGGCAGAAACAAUCGUCGUUUGCUUAACGAGGUCUUCCCAUAUGCUUAAACUGAUAAAAAUGCCACUUGAACAAAACAUACUCAUCACUUCUCUCAUCGAUACUUUGAUAACACCUGCCGUUAGAAAUAAUGAUUCCAAAAUCCGAGAGCUUGGUGUCAAUAACUUGGGACUUUGUUGCUUGUUGGAUCUGCAUCUGGCCACUGAAAAUAUGUACAUUUUUGGAAUGUGUGUAUCAAAAGGUAAUAGUGCAUUGAAGCAAAUUGCCUUGAAGGUAAUCAUUGACAUUUUUUCUCUUUAUGGACUGGAAGUCGUUAAUGGGGAAGGAAAAGUCGAUUCAAUCUCAUUGCACAAAAUUUUUUACAAGGUACUGAAAAACUAUGAUUCGCCAGAGUGUCAGGUAGUUGCUGCAGAAGGUUUAUGCAAACUUUUUUUAGCUGAUGUAUUCACAGAUGAUGAUCUUUUUGAAACACUUGUCUUAUCAUACUUUUCUCCUGUGAAUUCCUCGAAUGAAGCUCUAAUCCAAUCGUUUGCCUUUUGUAUACCUGUUUACUGCUUUUCGCAUGUCAAUCAUCAAAAAAGACUUGCCAGAAUUGCUGCAGACGUUCUGUUAAGAUUGUGCAUGUUAUGGGAAGACCUGCAAGUAUCAGAUGACUCAGAGAAGGAUCACAAUGCAAUGUUGAAACCUAACAUUAUCUUACAACAAUUGAUACGUUGGAUUGAUCCGAGAAAUCUCAUUAACCAAAAAGAAGACGAGAUCGCUAAAAAUUCUGUGCAACUCGAUUUUCUGCUCGAUUUCGUUCAAAUUCUGCCAAGAAUUGAUAAAAAGGAAACAAGAAAACUUCUCCUCACAAAUAUCAAUACUGUGUUCAUUACGGCCGAACAGGAAUAUCAUAAACUUAAAAAAUUAACAGAAUAUAUUGAAGACCUAAUUGAAAGUGAAACGCUCGAUACUGUCAGUCGUAAUGCAUUGCAAAAGUUUAAUGAGAAUUUAAUUAAAAUCCUGGAUGCGGCCUAUGAAAAGGAAUUACAUAGAGGGGAAAAUGAGUCAACUGCACAUGAGGAUAGGUUUUAUCAACUUCUUGAAGCGCCUGGCACUGACAGCGAUCGUAGUGUAUCGAUAAGUGAGGAAAAUGCCGCAAAUGGAAGUGGUAAAACAAAUGGUGAAGAUCAAGUACCCUACGAUAGCACAAAAAAGAGAAGAAGGCCUGAGAACGAUGGUGAAAGUACUUUUUUCAAUGAUGGCAUCCCCUAUACUAAGGAGUCAGUGGACGUGAAUAUGAUCGCAAAGUCAAAUAAUGAAUCUAAGAAUGUAGGCUUCGCAUUACCGGAAGCAGAUGAGCAAAGCGACGAUGCUAUGUCUAUAGAUAUUUAA